GACGCCUUCGCGGGUUCCGAGCAAAUUCGACGAUUCGCAUGGCCGGAAGAGAAGCCGAUCGCCGCGUCGCCGCCAAGCUGGCCGAGGCCUGCCGAGAGACGGCGGCAGAAGCCGUCGCUGCGACGCUCGCGUCUGGCCAAGCGUCAACCGUGUACCACAACCGCGGCAAGUUUGCCAGCCGCAAAGAGGCACAAGCCGCCAAGAUUGCCGCUGCCAAGGCCAAGCGCGAGGCCAAGGAAGGCAAAGCCUAGAGAUGACACUUGACUAUCCAUACAGCGUGGCAUACGCCCAUGACCUUGACGCAAUGCUCCUAAAGGCUCGUAUGGCUCUGCGUGCGAGGCUCGCAGCCGCCAAGUGCCACCCUCAAACAGUUCGUACCGCCAUGGAAAGCCUAGCAUAGCUCGCGAAUAGCAC